ACAGGGUAAGCCAGUUGGACUCAGGAGGGAGACAACCCGAUCGCAGCGGUUCCAUAGAGGGCGAGAGACUACAAUUUCCCUUCAUCGACUGUCCCCACAACCAAUAGGGAAAGAUGGCUCGGGACAUGUCAGACAUUGACAUCCUUAAGAUGGAGCUGGAACAGCUGAAGAAAGAGGUCUCAACCCCCAGGGAGCCUGUGUCCAAGACAUCCAAGGACAUCAUGGAAUGGUGUGAGGCGGCGUCGGGCACCGACCUCCUGAUAACAGGAGUACCAGAUGAUAAGAACCCCUACAAGCCUGAGAAGGGAGGCUGCAUGAUCACCUAGCUCGCCUGGGGACAAACAGCCCCAGGUGGGACACAGGGAACAGAUUUAUUUGUCCGUUUCAGCCUUUUCAGCACUGUAAAGAGUGGUACAUAGCUGCAUUAAGUUAGCCGUGUGUUCCCAUGUGACUACAGCACUAGAGACUUCCACUAGGUUAGCCAGUUUUGGACAACACAACAUUGCACGCUGACUGGGCUACACAAAGGUCACCUCAGGUCACUUGGAGCUGAGGAGGAGGAGAUUUAUCCGGGGACGGUUCAGGGGAUAGGAGGGAUCACUUGGUUACGAUGGUGUCCUUCCUUUCUCUUUGACGAUCUAUGACCCUACCCUACCCUUCUCACCUGUCAGUUAUCUCUGGCGGUUCUAGAGCUUUCCAACAGGCUCCGGGAAUGUUCCAAGUGCACCCAGUACUGACCUGGUUUUGUUUGGCUUGUAAAUAAAAGUGUAUCCAAGACAGCA